AUGAAGUGGCUCUGGGUUCUUGGUCUUGUGGCCCUCUCAGAAUGCUCAGUCACAAUCCCUCUGAUGAAGAUUAAGUCCAUGCGAGAAAAUCUGCGGGAGAGCCACAUGCUGAAGGAUUACCUGGAGAAGUACCCUCAAAGCCGUGCCCGUGUGCUUCUGGAGCGGCGAGGGAACCCAGCAGUAACCUAUGAGCCCAUGAGGAACUACCUAGAUCUGGUCUACAUUGGUAUCAUCAGCAUCGGCACGCCCCCUCAGGAGUUCAAGGUCGUCUUGGAUACUGGUUCUUCGGACCUGUGGGUACCAUCCAUCUAUUGUUCCAGCCCAGCCUGCGCUCACCACAAGACCUUCAACCCUCUGCGGUCCUCCACUUUCCUGGUCUCAGGCCGACCUGUGAAUAUCGCCUAUGGCUCAGGAGAGAUGUCAGGAUUUCUCGCCUAUGACACUGUCAAGAUCGGGGACCUCACGGUUGUGGCCCAGGCAUUUGGCCUGAGCCUGGAGGAACCGGGCACUUUCAUGGAAUAUGCAGUCUUUGAUGGUAUCCUGGGGCUGGGCUACCCCGACCUUGGCCUUCAGGGAGUCACACCUGUCUUUGACAACCUGUGGAUGCAAGGCCUCAUCCCCCAGAAUCUCUUUGCCUUCUACUUGAGCAGCAAGGAUGAGAAAGGCAGCGUGCUGAUGUUGGGCGGAGUAGACCCCUCCUACUACCACGGAGACCUUCACUGGGUGCCGGUGUCCAAUCCUAGCUACUGGCAGUUAUCUGUGGACAGCAUCUCCAUGAGCGGGGAGGUCAUCGCCUGUGUUGGAGGCUGCCAAGGUAUUAUGGACACCGGUACCUCCUUGCUGACUGGCCCCCUAAAGUCGAUCCUUAACAUCCAGAAUCUCAUCGGAGCCAAGGCCUCUGGUGAUGGCGAGUACGUCCUCAAGUGUGACGCCAUCAACACCCUACCGGAUAUUGUCUUCACCAUCGAUGGCAUCGCCUACCCUGUGCCAGCCAGUGCCUACAUCAGAAAGGAUCAUCCACACAAGUGCUGUAGCAACUUUGAGGAUGGCCUAGAAGACCCGUCGGAUCCUGAGAUGUGGGUGCUGGGGGAUGUUUUCCUGAGGCUGUAUUUCACCGUGUUUGAUCGGGAAAAUAACAGGAUUGGUCUGGCUCCUGCUGCAUGAGUGCUGGGCCUCCUUCAGGGGCUAGCCAGGCAUUCCCAACCCCCAAAAC